CAAAGUAUCCACGGCAAUUGCGAAAUUCCGAUAACCGUUAUGGCUAUAAAUUGCGUUUGAUUAUAAAACUUUUUGACAACACGAGAAUGAAUAUCAGUCACUUGAUUAUUGCGGGAAUACUGUGUGCAAUCGGAGUAUCAGAAUGCCUUGAAUGCUUCAAUUGUCGAAAUAUCGCUGACCAACAUGCAUGUACAAACACUAGUCAAUGUUCAAAUAGUGAGUCCUGUUAUUUGAAAACGCUCCACUCCGGCAAUGAAGUACGUUACGAAAUGGGCUGUCAGGACAAUCAGUUGUGCAGUUCAGCAGCUGUUGACCCCAACGGUAUAAUUGGUCGUUCCAUCCAGACCAGACAGCAGUACUCUUGUCAUGAAUGUUGCAGCAGUACCCGUUGUAAUGAACAGCUGUGUGCCCACAGAAAACCAACAUCGUGCAUCGACGACGCAACACUGGACUGCGCCCGUCUGAACUCCAUCUUUCACGUCUGUGCAGAUGUUCAUCACGCCAAAACUACUUGUCCAAAGUUUUGCGGACUCUGUCAGCUCGUUGAUGGUAAUUGGGCAGAAUGGGGGGCGUGGACAAUAUGCAGUGUUACCUGCGGCAAUGGAACGCAGUCACGCACGCGGUCAUGCACAAACCCGUCACCCACCAAUGAUGGACUCAAUUGCACGGGGUCAUCAUUUGACUCCAAAAAGUGUUCGAACCAGCUUUGCCCAGUUCAUGGAGAUUGGACAGAUUGGUCCACAUGGUCAGUUUGCUCAGUAACCUGUGAUGUGGGACUAAGAAAGAGGUCAAGAACCUGCACCAAUCCUAAACCAGAUCAAAAUGGAGACUAUUGCGUCGGAGAUUCUUUUGAGAAUACAGUUUGUCUUACAGAACCAUGCACCAGCAGAAAUGGCGGUUGGUCGACAUGGGGCUCGUGGCAAAGCUGUUCAGUGACAUGUGGAGUGGGUCUAAUGGUGCGACAAAGGAACUGUACCAACCCGAGCCCCUCGGCCUUCGGCAAGACAUGUGAAGGAACCUCUGAGACGUCCGCUGUUUGUGCCAAUACGCCAUUAAAUACAAGUAUUUUGUACAUGAUCAACGACAGCCAUCUGUGAAACUUGUAUAGCAAGAAACGUGGAAUGAUGCCACACACGCACCUGGGUUAUUUUGCAUCGAGGAAUCUACAAAAAAUCAAUUCCACUGAGACACUCACCCAAUUGCAUUUGCAAAUGGGUCCACAGACCAAGUUUAUGGCUAGAUGGGACAUAUCAUAGAUUAACUACAUCCUGAUCAACUUUUUGUGAAUGAUAUCUUUAUAUAAAUAUAUUGAAAU